AAAAUCAAUUUUGAUUUGUGUUUUUGAAAAAUCUGAAACUGAGCGCGGGGCCUUGCUCCUCAGUAUACCACCGCCACUCCCGGCGCACGUUAGAUGUCAACAGCAAACAGUUGCAGCAUUGGCUUAGUGACUGAGAGAGCAAAUCAAUGAGUUCAAAAGAGAACUACAGAAUCGAGCUUCGAACUGCGAUUCGUCAGCUAAGCGACCGUUGUCUCUAUGCAGCUUCCAAAUGGGCAGCAGAGCAGCUUGUGGGUAUUGAGCAAGACCCGGCAAAGUUUACACCUGCAAACACCAGAUUCCAGCGCGGGAGCUCCAGCAUUCGACGCAGGUUUCGCACUAAUGAGAUCACUUCAACGCCAGCUGCUGGAGUGUCGUACGUGUCAACUCCGGUGAUGGAGGAAGACGACAUCGUGGAUGGUGAUUUUUACCUUCUUGCUAAGUCGUAUUUUGAUUGCCGAGAGUACAGAAGAGCUGCUCAUGCGCUUCGUGAUCAAAAUGGAAAGAAGUCAGUGUUCUUGCGCUGCUAUGCUCUUUACCUGGCUGGCGAAAAGCGGAAAGAGGAAGAAAUGAUAGAACUUGAGGGGCCCCUAGGUAAGAGUGAUGUUGUGAAUGGUGAACUGGUUUCUCUCGAGAGGGAGUUAUCAACCCUUCGCAAGAAUGGUACCAUUGAUCCUUUUGGACUCUACUUGUAUGGUCUUGUGCUCAAAGACAAAGGCAGCAAGAGUCUUGCUCGUACAGUUCUUGUGGAGUCUGUUAACAAUUACCCUUGGAACUGGAGUGCCUGGUCGGAGCUGCAGUCCUUGUGCACUACAGUUGACAUUUUGACCACCCUUAAUCUCAAUAACCAUUGGAUGAAGGACUUCUUUCUUGCCAGUGCUUAUCAAGAACUAAGGAAACACAAUGAAUCCUUAGCAAAAUAUGAAUAUCUCCAGGGUCAUUUUGCUUUUAGUAAUUACAUUCAGGCUCAAAUUGCAAAGGCCCAAUACAGUUUGAGGGAAUUUGAACAAGUUGAAGCAAUUUUUGAAGACCUUCUGAGGAAUGACCCUUACCGAGUGGAGGACAUGGAUAUGUAUUCCAAUGUGCUAUAUGCAAAGGAAUGUUUCUCUGCACUGAGUUAUCUUGCUCAUAGAGUAUUUAUCACUGAUAAAUACAGACCAGAAUCUUGUUGCAUUGUCGGCAAUUACUACAGCUUAAAAGGGCAGCAUGAGAAGUCAGUUGUGUACUUUAGGAGGGCACUCAAGUUGAACAGAAAUUAUUUAUCUGCUUGGACCCUUAUGGGUCAUGAAUAUGUUGAAAUGAAAAACACCCCAGCUGCUGUCGAGGCAUAUCGGCAUGCUGUCGAUAUAAAUCCAUGUGAUUAUCGAGCUUGGUAUGGAUUAGGACAAGCUUAUGAGAUGAUGAGUAUGCCCUUUUAUGCUCUUCAUUACUUCAAGAAAUCUGUAUUCUUGCAGCAAAAUGAUUCUCGGUUGUGGAUUGCCAUGGCUAAGUGUUAUGAAACUGACCAGCUCCACAUGAUUGAGGAAGCAAUUAAGUGUUACCAAAGGGCAGUGAAUUGUAAUGACAGGGAAGCCAUUGCCCUGCACCAGCUUGCAAAGCUACAUUUUGAACUUGAACGUUCUGAUGAGGCAGCUUAUUACUACAAGAAGGAUUUGGAGAGGAUGGAAGCUGAAGACAGGGAAGGACCAAAUAUGGUUGAAACCCUUUUAUUUCUUGCUCAAUACUACAGAGACCAGAAAAGAUUUGAAGAAGCAGAGGUCUACUGUACCCGUCUUCUGGAUUAUACUGGCCCAGAAAAGGAAACAGCAAAAAGUUUACUUCGAGGAAUGAGAAUGGAACAAUCUGGUGGUCCUUCGAUGGAUGUUGAGCACUUUCCUCCUUAAUUUUAGUCAUGAUUACCAGAUUUAUUCCUUCUCUACCGGUUUUGACUCAACAAGCAAUGACAAUCUUGAUGUGGGCAGAUCACAUUCGAGCAUUUACUGCUAUUUAUAGUUGUUAAUGAAUUUGAUUUCUGUAGAAAAUUUCAUUUCCCAUGUGUUGUUUUAGUCUUCUAGUUUGCCUAGGUGCGAUCAAACUAAGGCAGGCCUCUUGUUUGGCUCUCCUGUGUCCUCACGAUUGGUAAGCUCAGUAUUUGAUUGAUCCUGGGAUGCUUUUAUUAAUACAAUAGUGAUGUUCGCUUAGGGUUUGAAACACAAGUAGUGCCUGUUCGUGUUUGAUGGUUCUCUGACUAAAUCAGACUUGGAAGCUGCAUCCAUGAGUCUCAAAA